AUGUCGGGACCCGGAUACGCUUUAAUUUUUAAUAAUAUCAAUUUUGAUGGUGCUCCAAAUAUAUCUUCAGGCAAAUCAGAUAAAAAAGCUAUAGUUAAAUUCCUAGAAUGCUUCAAAAUAAAAUAUUCAUAUCAUGAAGAUCUAACAAAAGCGGAAAUAGAAAGAGUUAUGAAGAAAGUAGAAAAAACGAAUUUUACUCGUCAUUCCUGUAUAAUAAUUUUCAUAUUGAGUCAUGGUGACAGAACAAGUAUAAUUUCUGCAAAAGAUACAAAAUAUAAUUUGGAAGAUACUAUUAUAUUUUCACUACUUCGCAACGGUUCCUUGGAUGAAAAACCGAAAUUUCUAUUUAUUGAUACUUGUAAGGGUAAAAAUACUCCGGAAAAAAUCAGAAAUGAGGAUACAAAUGAACAGAGAUAUCCCGGGCAAUGUGUGCAAAGUCAAAUACAUGACUUACAUAAACCUGACUUUUUGCUCACGUUUUAUUCUACAUAUGAAGGUUUUGUCUCAUAUUAUGAUGACAGAGACGGAUCAGUUUUCACACAAACGUUAUGCCAGCACUUGGUAAAAUAUGGUCAUGACAGAAGCUUAAUGUAUAUAAUCGAAAAAGUUAUGGAAGCUGUUAAAAUCUCAAAAAAUGGUAAACAAUCGCCAUGCUUAACAACCAAUUACUUCGGAAGUUAUUGCUUUGGAGACUAUCUGAGUGAAUCAUCUUCAUUUUCAGAGUUUUUAAAUACGAAAUUCACCUUAAAAAAAAAAACGUGA